AAUAUACACGAUGUCGCCGAGGCGCAAGAUGGUGGCGAGCGUUUUCAAGUCGGAUAGGUGCGGUUCCGUCGUCGGUGCGGUUAUAAUUGCCGUUGUGUCAGCGUGACGUUACCUCACGCCGUGAUACGACGCGCACGCGAACGUCCCGGGAGGAUCGAGAUAUCCGGCGCCGCGGGCGAAUCUCGUCGCGCAACCCUCGCGCGAUUCUGCGUGUCAGCUGACAACUGUUUGUGUACGCGUCGGUGCAUCGUGUGCAUCCGAGGAUCGUGGAUGGCAAGUAACAAAGCCCCACGACGUACCACGGUUUCCUCGACGGUGCGCCGACUGUUCACGAAUCGUUCUCGUGGCUGCUGAACGUGCGAUCGGGAAGCACCGGGCGGACGAGAAAACGUAGCGCUAUCGGCAACUGUUGCCCUGCGGAGGCAUCUGUAAGAAUAGAGAAGGACGUCUUGCGAGGAAUACGAAGGCGAUCAGGCGUCGAUUCAAUGAGACGAGACAGAUUCGUCUGGAUCGCAAAAGAAGUUCGGCAGCAGAAUCAUGGAAAAAUUGGAGGCGUUGGGAUGGUACUUGUCUGAUCAUGGUUGUAAUGUGGCAACCGAUUCAGGAAAUAUAACCGACACGCAGAGGAUAGUCAAACGAUUGUUAGAUAUUGACUUGAGAGAAGUCGGCAGUGGAAAUGGGGAUCUCAAUCAAGGCAAUAUUAUCUUACAAAUACAAAAGAUACGCAAUGUCGCUGCACCGAAAGGAAACGAGGAGUCGAGGGCAGCCCCACGAAUGUUAAAAUUAUCAUUGACAGAUGGGAAAAAUAAUUUUCAAGCCUUAGAAGUUGAACAUAUAUCGUCUUUAAGUUUGAACACUCCACCUGGUACAAAAAUAUCAAUAAAAUCGGGAAUCUUACCUGUGUCACAUGGGAUUAUCUUACUGAGACCAUCGCAUAUAGCUCAUGUGCUUGGGGGAAGAGUCGCCAAUCUAGUAGAGAAAUGGGAAUUAAAUAAGAAAUUAGCUUUACAUACUCGAGUAAGAUCCGCCGAAGAAGGUGGGCCUCCGCCAUGGAUACCAUUUGGCAAGAAGAUCGUAAAAGUCUCCGAGCAAGAUAAGAACUUUAAAGCUCUGGCGGAAAAAGAGAAGCCUAGUAAAGAAAACACGGAGUUCGAGGCUCAACGUAAGGAUGCAAUCGCGGAGGCCGCUAAGCAAGGCAGCAAAAAGGUGUUCGGAGGUGGAAACAAACAGCUGUUGGAUCAUAGUGUACAGAAAAUUGUAGAUCGCGGAUUUACCAUAGAGCAAGCGGAAUACGCUUUGAGAGUGAAUAAAAAUAACGUGGAUAAAGCUCUCAAGAGUUUGCAGAGGACCGACAGCAAACACAACGCCAAGGAAUCCCGAGAGCCACGGGAGCCACGUGGCAAACGAUUCGAGAAGAAGACUGAGGAGAGUAAACCCAGCAGUGGGAAAAUAUCUCUCUUUGACUUCCUGGAGGAUAAACUACCUGUGCAGCCCGAAAGUGUUGAUACCACCGGUUCAUUUCAGAACAACUAUGCGCAGAACAGCGAGAGUAAUCAGGACCGUCUGGAGUCGAGAAAUUACGCCGACGUGCAAACCGGAAGAGGCGUACGGGGCCAGAGAGGAGGCCGGGGUUAUCAACCUCCUCCGAGGCACGCGGAGGAACACAGGAACAACAAACGGCCGGCUAACAGCAGUUCCACCGCGUCUUCGUACUCGCAGUAUAACAAUGGCGGUAAUGCCCAGCAAAACAAGCCGCCGAGAUUUCAACGUAAUCAGGAAUCCCAGCAACAGUAUCAACACAACGGAGGUAGAGAGGCGCAGCCGAGGUCCGCCCAGCCAAACGAUUAUAGAAACUCGUUCGCUCAGUCGCGCACAAGUAGCAUAAACGUCAGUGACGGUGGUAACGAGAGCUACAGCAAGAACCUGGCCGACACGUUGGGGAAGACUCAUCUCGGUAGUAACAGAAACUAUAAUCACGUCGAGCCUGACGCCAGAAAUAAGCAUUCUUACGAUGCUUCUUAUGGUAGGCAUAAUCGAGCGCAACAAGACGGAGCUACGAAAAUAUAUUCGUCUAACGCGACUGAAAAGAAUUUUAAGAAUCAACCUAAGUAUCAGGCAAGUCAACAUAACGCCGACAGUAGGGUGAAUCUCAAUGCUCAGAGAAACGAGAACAAUUAUAGCGAUCAAAACGUUUCCGCAAGUAACACGGUUUGGGUUUGGAGAGUGGGUGACAAAUGCAUGGCCAAAUAUUGGGAGGAUAACAGGUAUUACAAUGCCGAGGUCACCGGCGUCUCUGAGAGAACGUGCGUGGUGCAAUUCAAGGAAUUCGAAAACUAUGAGGAGGUACUACAGGUGGAUUGCAUACCAAUUACCGAAGAUGUUCAAGAUCCUGUCGUAGAUACGAGACGGCAGGAUCAGCGUUCGAACAAUCGGCAGCCACGUUACGAUCAGAGCCAUAAUCACAUAAAUGCAGGUAUGGAAUUUCGACGAGGUGGGAGCGGCAUCGCCGGUAACAAUAAGGGGUACAAUAAGAAACGAGGUCAGCAACGGAGCACGCAACCCAUCUAUCAGCCGCCGGCGCAAAGAGGCUACAAUUCUAUGCCAAUUAAUAGUCCAAAUAGUACUCAACAUAAUUCCUUUCUUUAAUGUAACAUUAGUCUCGCGUCUUUAGCAAAAGGAAGUAUCGAAAUGUCGCUAAUUAUAAUUGAGGCAGUCGCAUUUGCUACUGAGGAACGAUCUAACCGGUUGCUACACUAAUAAAAGAACAAAAAGAGUUUUAGGUGUCGAUAUUAACAGGCGUAUGAAUUGUGUGCCGCGUUUGAUUCCUACUCGAAUUAGAUAAAACAUGCGACGACUUAACGCAGAAAAUAAAGCUGGUUUUUCACGCCCUACACACGCAUACAUACAAGAAAGAGUAAUUGUGAGAGAAAUCCUAUUGUAAAAUAUCGAUUGUGUUCUCAAAAUACUGUACUAUUUAUAUUGUAGGAAAAUUGAUUCUUAAUACUGGAGAGCAGAGUAAAUGUAUCUCUGUACCUCGUCCACUUUAGUUGUAAUACUAAUAAAU